AUGGAGCGGUGGAGCACAACAGAGCUGAGGAAGAAGUCCCGCAAUACGGAUGAGGCUGGGAAUGGUGGCUGUGUGGAUUUACUGGUUCUGUUCAAUCAUGUAAUAUUGGUUCACUCCGAUUCUGACAUGAUCAUCUGUUUUCUAAACCUUUGCACAUUUUGGGAAUCCAUCAUUGUGUAUGGAAUUGCAUUUCGAUCUCAAUCAAAUUAUAGUUUACAAGCAAAUGCAUAUGUACAUGGACACCAUUGCAUCCUCUCCACAAUUAAAUACCGUGUACCAGGAUUGUCUAAUGGUCCUGGUGGUGUUACUGUGAAGAAGACCGGCGCGGCCUUGAUCAUUGGCAUUUAUGACGAACCAAUGGCUCCAGGUCAAUGCAACAUGGUAGUGGAAAGGCUUGGUGAUUAUCUCAUUGAACAGGGUCUCUAAUCCUCUAAUUAUGUCUUGUUAUCGUGCAUAUUUCAUUGCCUUCUUUACAAGUUUUUUCAUGGAUCUCGACUGGAAUGCUUUGAUUGCGGUGUAAUAAUGUUGUUGGGUGGAUAUCAAAAGUCACGGCAUGUGCGUGUUGCGAAGAAAAAGUGUUUUUGGUGCUUGAGAAAUUAUGACUAUAAUUCUCUAUCGUUGUACUUUUUUUGUGGGGUACCUGUAUACAUUACAGUGAUUUUAAAUUUUUAAUGUUAUGGUAUAAUGGUUCUCACAUUUAUCAGAA